AUGGACCGUUUGGACCAACUGGCCUCUUGGUCCUAUGGACCGGUUGGACCAACUGGCCUGAUGGCAGAAUGGACCGGUUGGACCAACUGGCCUGUUGGCCAAAUGGACCGGUUGGACCAACUGGCCUAUUGGUCCUAUGGAGCGGUUGGACCAACUAGCCUGUUGGUCCUAUGGACCGGUUGGACCAACUGGCAUGUUGGUCCUAUGGACCGGUUGGACCAACUAGCCUGUUGGUCCUAUGGACCGGUUGGACCAACUGGCAUGUUGGUCCUAUGGACCGGUUGGACCAACUGGCCUGUUGGUCCUAUGGACCGGUUGGACCAACUGGCAUGUUGUUCCAAUGGACCUGUUGGACCAACUGGCGUGUUGGUCCUAUGGACCGGUUGGACCAACUGGCCUGUUGGUCCUAUGGACCGGUUGGACCAACUGGCCUGUUGGUCCUAUGGACCGGUUGGAGCAACUGGCCUGUUGGUCCUAUGGACCGGUUGGAGCAACUGGCCUGUUGGUCCUAUGGACCGGUUGGAGCAACUGGCCUGUUGGUCCUAUGGACCGGUUGGACCAACUGGCCUGUUGGUCCUAUGGACCGGUUGGAGCAACUGGCCUGUUGGUCCUAUGGACCGGUUGGAGCAACUGGCCAGUUGGUCCUAUGGACCGGUUGGAGCAACUGGCCUGCCUGUUGGCAGAAUGGACCGGUUGGACCAACUGGCCUGUUGGCCAAAUGGAACGGUUGGACCAACUGGCCUACUAGUCCUAUGGACCGGUUGGACCAACUGGCCUGUUGGUCCUAUGGACCGGUUGGACCAACUGGCAUGUUGGUCCUAUGGACCGGUUGGACCAACUGGCCUGUUGGUCCUAUGGACCGGUUGGACCAACUGGCAUAUUGUUCCAAAGGACCUGUUGGACCAACUGUCGUGUUGGUCCUAUGGACCGGUUGGACCAACUUGCCUAUUGGUCCUAUGGACCGGUUGGACCGACUGGCCUGUUGGUCCUAUGGACCGGUUGGACCAACUGGCCUGUUGGUCCUAUGGACUGGUUGGACCAACUGGCCUGUUGGUCCUAUGGACCGGUUGGAGCAACUGGCCUGUUGGUCCUAUGGACCGGUUGGAGCAACUGGCCAAUUGGUCCUAUGGACCGGUUGGAGCAACUGGCCUGUUGGUCCUAUGGACCGGUUGGACCAACUGGCCUCUUGGUCCUAUGAACCGGUUGGACCAACAGGCCUGUUGGCAGAAUGGACCGGUUGGACCAACUGGCCUGUUGGCCAAAUGGACCGGUUGGACCAACUGGCCUACUAGUCCUAUGGACCGGUUGGACCAACUGGCCUGUUGGUCCUAUGGACCGGUUGGACCAACUGGCAUGUUGGUCCUGUGGACCGGUUGGACCAACUGGCCUGUUGGUCCUAUGGACCGGUUGGACCAACUGGCAUGUUGUUCCAAAGGACCUGUUGGACCAACUGUCGUGUUGGUCCUAUGGACCGGUUGGACCAACUUGCCUAUUGGUCCUAUGGACCGGUUGGACCGACUGGCCUGUUGGUCCUAUGGACCGGUUGGAGCAACUGGCCUGUUGGUCCUAUGGACCGGUUGGAGCAACUGGCCUGUUGGUCCUAUGGACCGGUUGGAGCAACUGGCCUGUUGGUCCUAUGGACCGGUUGGAGCAACUGGCCUGUUGGUCCUAUGGACCGGUUGGAGCAACUGGCCUGUUGGUCCUAUGGACCGGUUGGACCAACUGGCCUGUUGGUCCUAUGGACCGGUUGGAGCAACUGGCAUGUUGGUCCUAUGGACCGGUUGGAGCAACUGGCCUGUUGUUCCAAUGGACCUGUUGGACCAACUGACGUGUUGUUCCUAUAGAUCGGUUGGACCAACUGGCCUGCUGGUCCUAUGGACCGUUUGGACCAACUGGCCUCUUGGUCCUAUGGACCGGUUGGACCAACUGGCCUGUUGGCAGAAUGGACCGGUUGGACCAACUGGCCUGUUGGCCAAAUGGACCGGUUGGACCAACUGGCCUAUUGGUCCUAUGGACCGGUUGGACCAACUGGCCUGUUGGUCCUAUGGACCGGUUGGACCAACUGGCAUGUUGGUCCUAUGGACCGGUUGGGCCAACUGGCCUGUUGGUCCUAUGGACCGGUUGGACCAACUGGCAUGUUGUUCCAAUGGACCUGUUGGACCGACUGGCCUGUUGGUCCUAUGGACCGGUUGGACCAACUGGCCUGUUGGUCCUAUGGACCGGUUGGACCAACUGGCCUAUUGGUCCUAUGGACCGGUUAGACCAACUGGCCUGUUGGUCCUAUGGACCGGUUGGACCAACUGGCCUGUUGGUCCUAUGGACCGGUUGGACCAACUGGCAUGUUGGUCCUAUGGACUGGUUGGACCAACUGGCCUGUUGGUCCUAUGGACCGGUUGGACCAACUGGCAUGUUGUUCCAAUGGACCUGUUGGACCAACUCGCGUGUUGGUCCUAUGGACCGGUUGGACCAACUGGCCUGUUGGUCCUAUGGACCGGUUGGACCAACUGGCCUGUUGGUCCCAUGGACCGGUUGGAGCAACUGGCCUGUUGGUCCUAUGGACCGGUUGGAGCAACUGGCCUGUUGGUCCCAUGGACCGGUUGGAGCAACUGGCCUGUUGGUCCUAUGGACCGGUUGGAGCAACUGGCCUGUUGGUCCUAUGGACCGGCCUGUUGGCAGAAUGGACCGGUUGGACCAACUGGCCUGUUGGCCAAAUGGACCGGUUGGACCAACUGGCCUAUUAGUCCUAUGGACUGGUUGGACCAACUGGCCUGUUGGUCCUAUGGACCGGUUGGACCAACUGGCCUGUUGGUCCUAUGGACCGGUUGGACCAACUGGCAUGUUGUUCCAAUGGACCUGUUGGACCAACUGGCGUGUUGGUCCUAUGGACCGGUUGGACCAACUGGCCUGUUGGUCCUAUGGACCGGUUGGACCAACUCGCCUGUUGGUCCUAUGGACCGGUUGGACCAACUGGCAUGUUGGUCCUAUGGACCGGUUGGACCAACUGACCUUUUGGCCGAAUGGACCGGUUGGACCAACUGGCCUGUCGACCGAAUGGACCGGUUGGACCAACUGGCCUGUCGGCCGAAUGGACCGGUUGGACCAACUGGCCUGUUGGUCCUAUGGACCGGUUGGACCAACUGGCCUGUUGGUCCUAUGGACCGGUUGGACCAACUGGCCUGUUGGUCCUAUGGACCGGUUGGACCAACUGGCCUGUUGGUCCUAUGGACCGGUUGGACCAACUGGCAUGUUGGUCCUAUGGACCGGUUGGACCAACUGACCUUUUGGCCGAAUGGACCGGUUGGACCAACUGACCUUUUGGCCGAAUGGACCGGUUGGACCAACUGGCCUGUCGACCGAAUGGACCGGUUGGACCAACUGGCCUGUCGGCCGAAUGGACCGGUUGGACCAACUGGCCUAUUGGUCCUAUGGACCGGUUGGAGCAACUGGCCUGUUGGUCCUAUGGACCGGUUGGACCAACUGGCCUCUUGGUCCUAUGAACCGGUUGGACCAACAGGCCUGUUGGCAGAAUGGACCGGUUGGACCAACUGGCCUGUUGGCCAAAUGGACCGGUUGGACCAACUGGCCUACUAG